AGCGCGUGAUGCAUAACGCAGUGACUUUUGUAAAUGUGGUCGAUUGUAAUGUACUCGUGUGUUAGUUGUGGUUUGAUCUUUUAGGUAUAGGUUAUUAGUAAAACGGCAUGCUAUGGCCGAGGAUAGAAGCGAUGCAAUCAUAGUGACCUGUACUGCGCCUGUCAACAUCGCAGUCAUUAAGUACUGGGGAAAGAGAGAUGAAGAACUCAUUUUGCCAAUUAAUUCUUCCCUGAGUGUUACUUUGCACCAGGACCAGUUAAAAACAAUAACUACAGCUGCCAUCAGUCGGGACUUCAAGGAGGACCGAAUAUGGUUAAAUGGCAAAGAGGAGAAAAUUGACCAUCCCCGCCUACAGUCCUGCUUCCGAGAGAUCCGUCGUUUGGCAAGGAAGAGAAAUAGUGACAACAAAGCACCGUCACUUCAUUUGAACUUGUCUCACAAGGUUCACAUUGCUUCAGUGAAUAACUUUCCCACUGCAGCUGGACUGGCAUCUUCUGCAGCAGGCUAUGCAUGUCUAGUUUAUACCCUGGCCAAGUUGUAUGGUGUGGAGGGUGAGUUGUCUGCCAUUGCCCGCCAGGGGUCUGGCAGUGCUUGCCGAAGUAUGUAUGGUGGAUUUGUGCAGUGGAUUAUGGGGAAGAGUGCAGAAGGCAUGGACAGCAUUGCCCAGCAGGUGGCACCAGAGACUCACUGGCCUGAGCUGCGAAUCCUUAUAUUGGUGGUGAGUUCAGAAAAGAAGUCAGUAGGAAGUACAGCUGGAAUGCAGACCAGUGUAGAGACAAGUUUGUUGCUGAAGUAUCGUGCUGAAAGAAUUGUGCCUGAGCGAAUGAAAGAAAUGAUUGACUGCAUCAGUCAGCGAGAUUUUGCAAAGUUCGGUGAACUGACAAUGAAGGACAGUAACCAAUUUCAUGCCACCUGUCUUGAUACAUUUCCACCAAUUUUCUACCUUAAUGACAUUUCCAAACGUAUUAUCACUUUGGUACACCAGUACAAUGCUUACUACAGAGAGACCAAGGUUGCUUAUACAUUUGAUGCUGGACCAAAUGCUGUGAUCUACACCUUGGAACACAACAUCAGUGAAUUUGUUGAAGUACUGAAGUAUUUUUUCCCACCAGAAUGUAAUGGAGAGCCGUUUGUAAAGGGUUUAUCAUUCGAAAGCAUCUCUCUUUCAGGGAAUAUCACUGCUUCCAUUGGGAUGGAACCGUGUCCAGGAGGGAUACAGUACAUCAUCAGCACAAAGCCUGGCCCUGGACCACAACUUGUGAACAAUGCUGAUCUCCAUCUCCUCGGAUUGGAUGGGCUUCUUAAGAAGACCAGUUACACAUCAUCAUCAUCUUCAGAGAGUGAAAGGACAUCAGUGUAAUCUCAUACUCUCUUGGAAAUUUUCUCAGGCAGUUUUUAUAAUACUUGAUACCGACAAUACUUUUGCUAAGCAAUCCGUGAUAAUACUAAUAUGUGAAUAAAUGAUCUGUUUUGAACUACAUAUUAAAUAUUUUGACUUGUUUUAAUUUGAAGUAAAUUAUUUUAUGUAUGAUACUUUGUUUCUUUGAUAUGAUCUUUCAAUAAAAGGCUUAUGGCCUGCAACCUUGCUAAUGCUGAA